CUUUCUUUUUCUUCCUUGUUGUAUAUAAUUUAACUAAUGUCUUUUAAGAACUUGAUGACUGGAGAUGACUCUUGUGGGGGAGCCAAUCCCAUGUCACAAAUGUUGAAACAGUUUGGUCAAGACAGAUCACUUCAAAGGGAUCGAUUUGCAGGACCUUCUCAGCCUAUUGCAGGACCAUCCACAAUGCGUACGCAAAGACAACAGCCAGCAGGAUUUGGACAACAGUCAGGCAGUAGUAUGGUGGAUGAAUUUUUUGGUCAAGAGAGACAAGUAUCUCAUGGUCCAGCAGCAAGUUCCCCAUUUGAAUUCAAUGAAUUGCAUAGAGAGUUAGAUGCUGUACGUAUGCAGCGAGGGAAUUGGGCAAAUGAAUUUCAACAAUCAGGACCUAAGCUAUGGGAAUUGACACCGGGAGAAGAAGCCGCGAUGGAGAAGGCGUUCUUGGAAAGUAAGGCUGCUGCAGGACCCUCUCAAAGCGUUUCAGUAUGGAGAGAUGAAUUUAUGAAUCAUCCAGAAGUAGCAAAUAUGAAUCCAGAGCAACUGGCAGAGUUCGAAACUGCUUUCCAGAAACAUUUUGACUGGGCCAAUGAAUUUGAUUUGCAAAAGGGCAAAGAGCGACUGGACCUGAACAGCAAUCGUUCUUGGGAAGAGCAGUUUGCCGCUUUUGAUGAACAAUUGGGAGAAGAGGAGAUGGCUAAAAAGGUGGAAGAAGCUGCUGCUGCUGCAGAUCCAGCCUUUGAACAGUUUGAGCAUGUUUGGCAAAGCAUUCGUGAUCAAGUGGCCGAAGACAACGACUGGGAAGAUGAGUUUGGCAAUUUCAAUCCUGACGGUGCCAUAUAUAAACCCGAUUUAGGUGAAUACGUAUUUGAAAUAAAUAACCCUUACCUCAAUCAUCCCGAUCCUAUGGCCGAAGGACUGCGACUGUUAGAACAAGGAGGCUCCUUAAGCGAGGCCGCCUUAGCUUUUGAAGCUGCUGUACAAAAGGAACCUAACCAUUCCGAAGCAUGGACCAACCUUGGUAAUGUACAAGCUCAGAACGAAAAGGAAGAGCCUGCUAUUCGCGCGUUAGAAAGAGCAAUUCAAGCCAAUCCUGGCAACCUGGAAGCCUUGAUGUCCUUGGCUGUGAGCUAUACCAAUGAAUCUUACGAUCAUGCAGCUUACCAGACUCUCGAACGAUGGAUCUUGCAAAAAUACCCCAGUCUUUUAGGCGAUCAACCAUUGCCUCAGCCUACAUCACCUUUUGAACUUCACGACCGAGUCACAGAUCUGUUCCUGAAGGCAGCAAGACAAGCACCAGAUGGACAGGCAAUGGAUCCAGAUGUUCAAGUGGGUUUAGGCGUUUUGUUCUAUGGCAGCGGCGAUUUAGAUAAAGCUAUCGAUUGCUUUGCAACAGCCUUAAAGGGUCGUCCUAAUGAUUACUUGUUAUGGAAUCGAUUAGGAGCUACAUUAGCAAAUAAUGGACGAUCUGAGGAAGCUAUUGAUGCAUACCAUAAGGCACUAGAAUUGCGUCCAUCGUUUGUGCGUGCGAGAUAUAAUAUCGGUGUCAGUUGUAUCAAUAUAGGAUGUUACAAAGAGGCUGCAGAACACAUCCUAACCGGCCUUUCAAUGCAUAAACGUGGUAACGGCGAUUCAGAGGAAGGUGUGAAUGUCUCUAGUAAUUCUUGGGAAAUGCUAAGAAAAGCAUUUAUUAUGAUGGAUCGUCGUGAUUUGGCAGACAAGGCAGUCGUUGGCGCUGAUUUGAAUCAGUUUCGUCCAGAGUUUGAAUUUUAAUAUAUAAAGAUAGAUUUUUUUUUUCGAUCUUUUGUUUAACCGAUUGUCAUUUGGUUGCAGAAUUUGCUCCAGGCUCUCGUGCCAUUGUUAAUGUACCAGUCACUUAAGCCGAA